CUUCGUUUGGCUCGAACUAGGUCCGCGGGCAGCUUACUUAGGCUCUAACCAGGCCAGCCGGACCAAGUCGAGACAGAUCAGCGGGCAGUAGGCAUGCGUAACAGCAGCAGCUAUGCUCGGUUCGUCGGGUAUUGCUAAUCCCAACUCUCUCGCUGCUAACGCUGGCUCUACCACACCAAGAAUUCAAUCGAGCCAGUUUAGCGGAGAAAUGGUCUCUAUUUCCCCGCAUGCAUGUGCAACAGCAGCAGCCAUGGUCGGUUCGCCGAUUCUACAGGGUGCUUUGAGAAACACGCAGCAACUGUGUUGUGUUUUGUUUUGUAGAUGUAAAACAAAAGACAACAUAGCUGCCAUGGUCGGUUCGUCGGAUUCUGCUAUUCCCGUGUCCCGACUGAGCGAGUUGAGCAGCUUUUUUUUCUCUUCCAAAAAAAAACCAGCUCAAGUCACAGAUAACAGAUUCCGGUCCGGAGGUUCCUCGCCACCCACUCGUUUCCAUUAGUACUGUACCCAGAGAAAGGAAGGGGGGAAACUUAGCAACUUCUCUUACAGCUGAAUCCCACGCUCGGGGGAAUGGGGGGUUCAGCUGAACCUCACGCUCCCAUGCCGCUAAGCCGUCGUGCCUCUUCGUGCAGUUCCGCAGCUUGCCGUUACAACUGACAUGGAGCGUGGCGGUUGCGUUACGUUACAGUCCAACUACAGUAUCAUGUCCUAUUUGCGGUGCUGCCUCCCUGCUGUUGCCUUCCGGCAUACUUGCUGCUGGCUCAGUCACGAUUCACACACGCGAAAUUCGUCGUAAUACCACCCAAGUGUGCUUGACAACCGCCCAGCCAAAAGGCGAUGUUGGCCUGGCGAAGAGGCGACGGCCUCGCGAAAAGGCGACUGCCUCGCGAACGUCGCGAACGACUCAUUCUGGCAUCCUUGCUGCCGCGAGACGUGACCGGCCCAUCCGUCAAUCUCGACGAGACCCUGGCCAAUCACGUCCCGUCUUUCGAGUCAGUCCUCGCAGCUCGCCUUACCCCGAGCAGGCGUCAGCGAGACAAUACCAAAAUAGUAUAAAGAGCGCCGGGAGAUUCUCAUUCAUAAUCCAUUCUGACAUCCGCCGGGGUCGUCACCAGUCUCAAUGUUUUGGCUCCAGGAGUAAUACUCUCCUCCACUCGGCGAAGGACUCAUCUAUCGGCUCUUCUGGCCCGUGCUACCGUCGCCUUUGAGCCGAUUCAAUAGAACGUCUCCUCCUGAGACGAUGGCGGGAGGCAAAGGAAUCUCGGCGAUCGCCAUUCUUCUCGUCGUGCUCGUCCUUCCAUCAGUCAUGGCUCAAUCUGAGCCUCCUGCUCCUCUCCCAGCGCCAGACCCCUCCCCGCCGCCUCCCCCUGGUUUCGAGGUACCUACUUUGCCUCCCCCAGUGGUCGCCUCCCCGCCGCCUCCUCCUGGUUUUGAGGUGCCCACUCUGCCUCCCCCAGUGGUAGCCUCCCCCCCACCUCCCCCUGGUUUCGAGGUACCCACUCUGCCUCCCCCGGAGGUAGGCUCCCCCCCACCUCCCCCAGGUACAGCCUCUCCGCCUCCUCCCCCUGCGCCUGGAACUCCAGUUCCUUCUCCCUGCACCCCAAGCGCCGCCCGUGCCCUUGGCUGUGUGACAACAACGGGGUGAACCAGCUGUGUCGGCUCAACCGGGUGUGUGCGGACGACGAGGUGUGCAUCCCCUAUGUGAGCAGCUGCGAGGGAUACAAGUGCAUGAAGCUGUUUCAGUUGAGGCAUUAGAUGAGUUGGCUUGCUUAAUUGGAAAGUGUGCGGAUUAGAAUGGUUUGUGCAUCCCCUUAGUGUGCCGUGUGCAGGCUAUACGUGAUUGAAGUCUAAUAGUGGCGCUGUACGCCUAUCGAGGCAGGGCGGGCACUGUGCAAUCCAUUUGUGAGCAGCUGCAAGGGUUGUCUGGUUUUAGAUCUAAUUCCUGAAGGGCAUGGCCCAUGUAUUUGUAUAGAAAACACCUAUGUAAGUUUCUUGUGUCGAAAUAAAUCGUUGCAUCAUUU